AUGCAGAGGGAAGAAAAGCAUUUAGAGGCCACACUUCAAGCAAUUUUGAACAGAGUGAUCGAUCUUAAAACGGCCAUACAAGCCCUUAUUACGAAACUCGAGACUGAAUACGAAACAAUAAAUUGGCCAACAUUUCUUGAUAAUUAUGCUAUUUUAUCCGGACAUCUUACUGGACUUAGUAAAAUACUACAGGCAGAGUUAGCGUCGCCACUACGAUCACAAGUAGUUUUACCUCUUCAAUUAGGAUGUGAACGUGAUGAGUCGCUAGCGCGGAUGACUGAAGGGCGAGUGCCAGCAUGUACACACGACUUAGUCCCAGAUUUGUUGAGGACUAAGCCAGAACCUCAGGCUGAACAAAGACUGCAACAGUUUAAUCAUAAAGCUAGCACCCUUAGCUAUGAAACAGCACAGAAACAAGUAGGUCAAUUUACUAAGGUUGUUAGCCAUGUAUGGGAGAUUAUAUCAAAGGGACGUGAAGAUUGGGAAGGAGAAUCUAUGCGUUCUGCAGGAAUGCAGCCAACACAUAGUAUUGCAGAUACACAUGCUUUGGUAACGGCUGUUGGAACCGGCAAAGGACUCCGACCUGGCAUGCCUUCAAUAGUGCCACCAGGUGUAGGAGGCGUCGGUGCACCAGGAAUGGGUCCCAGAGGACCUACACCAUCCCAACUUGGACCACAGGCACCUACCAUGCCUAAAGCUCCAUCCCAAAUUAAGACUAACAUCAAAGCAGCCAAUCAAAUACAUCCUUAUCAGCGAUAAUUAAAUGAAACAGUUGAAUGUUAUUAAUUAUCAGUUUAUUUUAAAAACUUAUUUUAAAAACUAAGUAAGUAAAU